AUGGCCGGACUACGAGCGGCGAAGAAGGAAUUGCGAACACUGAUGCGCCAGCGACUCUCACACAUGUCUCCUGAAUCUCUCAAACAGCAAUCUGCUGCUGCUACGGAAAUCUUGCUUUCAUUACCAGAAUAUAAGAAAGCCCAGUGCAUUGGCGUUUAUCUAUCCAUGCCAAAAGGUGAAUUGGUCACAACAGCUAUUAUAAAUGAUGCUCUCCGACAGGGCAAACAGAUCUUUGUGCCCUACAUCUACCAUAGCAAAGUCCAGGAUUGUUCCAAGUCCUGCUCUACAAUGGAUAUGGUAUCUCUGUGGUCGAAGAGCGACUACGAAGGAUUGGAGCCUGAUGCUUGGGGCAUUCCCUCCGUAGCAAAGAAUUCAAUAGCCGAGAGAAGUCGAAUCUUGGAAGAGUCAGGGAAAUCUUCUGGCGCCGUCUCACAAGAUUCCGCAAAGAGCGAGACGAGUUCGAGAAGCAGGAGCACAGAAUCAAGAAGACUUGACUUGAUUGUCAUGCCUGGAGUGGCUUUUGAUAAAGGCUUAGGAAGACUUGGGCACGGCAAAGGUUUCUAUGACUUUUUUCUGGAGCGUUACCAUGAUUUGAAGGUUUCUCUGCUCGGAGAAGAAACAAGGAUGCCCUUCCUCGUCGGACUCGCCCUUGAUGUGCAGCUGUCGCCGGACGAAAUUCCUACUGGUGCUUCUGAUUGGCGGUUAGACGCAUUGGUCGUUGGUGAUGGUUCGGUCAUUCGUAAAUAA